ACUCGUGGCCUCUCUUUGCCUGAUGGUCGUCACAAGAACACCACGGGAGACUCGACAAAGGGGGCAGCAGCCUCACGAGAGGGCGCUCCAGAGUUGUGGAGAAGGCAUCGACGGUGCGGUCGUCGAGGGAGCGAGAUGGCCGCGGCUGCAGGGCGGCCGCCGUGCUUAUUCUGUCAGAUUGCACGGGGCUCCACCUCCACCGAUCUCCACUACGCCGAUGAGAUGGUUGUCGCGUUCCGUGACAUCAAUCCGUCCGCCGUCAGGCAUUAUCUGGUUAUACCUGUUGAGCACAUACCUACUGUCAAACAUCUCCAGAGAAAAACAGAAGAUUAUCAUUUAGUUAAUCACAUGUUGAACGUGGGGAAAACCCUUUUGGCCAGAGAUGCACCUGAAUCAAUGUGUUCUAGAUUUGGUUUCCAUCAGCCCCCAUUUAAUAGUAUUGAUCAUCUCCAUCUUCACUGUCUGGCAUUACCAUUCACACCAAGGUGGAGACAAGUGAAAUAUACAACUCUGGGUCCUUUCUGGGGGUUCAUAGAGGCUGAGAAAUUAUUGGACAAGAUAAGGCCAUUCUCGAAAGUGACCUCAUAGUUGUGACAUCAAAUCAUGUUAAAGGAGACUGUUUUGCUCACUUAUUUAUCUUUUAUUUUUUUUGGCAUUGAAUUCCUCUGCAAUAUGCAAUUGAUUUUAUCUGGUUAACUGUGCUGUCAAUUAUGAGCACUACACACAUAAAAGAAUCAUGUUAAAUUUGUUAUCUUAUUGGCAUUUCACUGUCGGUAUGCAAUCAAUUCUUUAUGAGUUAUAA